AUGAGGCAUCUGAAUUCGGAGAUUGACGGCUCAGAGAACAAGAGAGAGGGACUAAAGUACAUAACACAGGCCGUGUUUCAGGUGCUUAGAGAGAAUGGAGCCUGCACAUACUCGUUUAUAUGCAAGAACAUUGUGUUUCCCAACACCGAAACAUUGAAUAGGAGGAUCUACGACGUCCUGAAUGUGAUGAAGGCAGUGAGACUGGUUGACAAGAAAGGUAAAAGAUAUUUCCUGGUGGACGACAGCAACGACGUCAGCAAGCGGAGGGAGGAGGCAAAAAAGCUUAUGGAAAUGAAGAAGGUAUUCAAAUUUAUUGUAAACAGAAACUCCAGCGCAGAGGAUACGCAUCUUGAAAGGCUGUACCUACCGUUCAUGGUCAUAAGCACAAGCAAAAAGGCAGACAUCCACUGUGAAACCAACGAAGAGAGGAGCUUCUUUGUGUUCAAGUCCAACAAGCCUCUGAAGGUCAAUGAGGAUCUGGAUAUACUGCGCGAGAUAUACGAAAAUGCACAUGCCGGAGAGAAGGCCGCGGACUUUUCGAUAGUGGAUAGGCUUGGUGGCGAGAAGUUCGAGUGUUUUGGGGAAAACAACAAUCUGAGAGGGGAACUCGACUCGGAUCCAUUCUUCUUUAGUUUCUAG